AUGUCAAACCUAUACGGCAUGGAGCUCAAAGUACUCAUCAACAUAGCUUCGCUUUUGAAGAAUAUGUUUGCAGCCACGAUUACUAUUGCCUGCAACAUUCUGCAGAACGCAUCGGUGCCACAAGAACAAAGGGGUGUUGCAAAUGGUAUUUCAGUGACCCUGAUGUCGAUCUUUAAAGCAGUAGCUCCAGCAACAGCAGGAAUUUUGUUCUCGUGGUCUCAGGAAAACAUAACUGGGUUGUUCUUAGCAGGUGAUCUGAUCAUGUUCUUGAUGCUAAACAUGGUGUCAGUAAUUGGGCUCUUGCUGACAUUCAGGCCAUUUUGCUCUAUGCCUAGUGCGACCAGAUAA